AUGCCCAAACCGAUUCCCACACAGCAACUGAUCGAUAGCCUCCUCAAGGGGGACCGGCUCGCGCUUGCGCGCGCCAUCAGCCGCGUGGAGGACGACGCGGAGGACGCAGCCCGCAUCGUGCAGGCCGUCUUCGCGCACACGGGCAAGGCGCACCUGGUCGGCAUCACCGGCGCGCCGGGCACGGGCAAAUCGACGCUGGUCUCGGCGCUGGUCGAGAGCUACCGCGCGAGCGGGCUGACCGUCGGCGUGCUGGCGGUGGACCCGACCAGUCCCUUCAGCGGCGGCGCGCUGCUGGGGGAUCGCGUGCGCAUGACGGGGCACAGCGGUGACGCCGGUGUUUUCAUCCGCUCGAUGGCGACCCGCCGGGGGAUAGGCGGUCUCGCGAAAGCAAGCGCGGCCGCGCUGCUGCUGCUGGAUGCAGCAGGAUUUGACCGCAUUCUUGUCGAAACGGUGGGCGCGGGCCAGGCGGAAGUCGAGAUCGCCAGCGUUGCCGAUACGGUUGUGGUGGUGGAGGCGCCGGGUAUGGGCGACGAGGUGCAGGCGAUUAAGGCGGGGCUGCUGGAGAUCGCCGAUAUUUUCGCGGUCAACAAGGCGGACCGCAAGGGCGCGGCGCGCACGGUCGCGGCGCUGGAGAUGAUGUUGGAGACGGGCGGCGCUUCGGCUCAGACCAUUCUCCAUCACGGACAACGCUUGGAGAUGGGCGCGGCUGCUUCCGAAACUGAGGCGGCGGGCGGAUGGUCGAUCCCGGUCCUGAAGACGGUCGCGAUCAGCGGGGGCGGCGUCGGCCAACUGCGGGAUGCGCUUGAGGGGCACCGGGCAUGGCUGGGCGAGAGCGGUGCACUGGCGGCGGGGGAGAGAAAGCGACUUGACCACAUGCUGCAGACGCUUGUUCAGGCCGAACUGUUGGCGCGGAUGGAACGGGCGUUGUCCCCGGAGCUGCGCCGGAAUCUGGUGGAAAAGAUGCAGGGCAGGCAGAUCGAUCCUUACAGCGCCGCCGCGGAUUUGGUGAAGAAGCUGUAG